AUGAAAUUGGAGAAUGUGAACGUUACUAAAUUGCAACCUUGUGAUGUACCAAAAUUCGAGAAAUGUCCAUGUGAACUAUGCGAUGAUGGCUGUUUCGAUCGAGCUGGCUAUGAACAUCAUCCAGAUUGUAAAAGGCAAUUCUCGAAAAAAGAAAAACUACAAUUAGAAUUUCCGUGUCCAAUUUCGCAUUACAAGGCAACAUAUCAGGUGCCAACGAAUAAAUAUGGUAAACCAGCAGAUCAUCGUCGAAAGCCGUUUUCUCCGCCACCUGAAAAUGAAAUACCGAUAGCGUUCAAAAAUGCACCGUUGUCUAGUCUUACUUCACAACGUGAUCACUAUCAGCCACCGCCGAAAAAUAGCAUUAAAAGAGCGUCAACUAAUUCUUUCAAACAAAAAGGUAACUUCGCAUUCCUACGAGCGAUUCCAAUGGAAACAAAAUCUGUCUAUCAAGCUGAAUACGUCGAAAAGCCUGUUAAACCACCCGUACUUCAUCCAGCAAAUACCACUAAUCUGGCGCCUUAUGCUAAUUCAAACGAACCAGCACCAAAAAUAUCUUCUCAAACAACAACUGGAACACAUUUUAAACCAUGGCAGUCUACACCAUCGGAACCUUAUGCAGAAACGCCUUCCAUUGCAGGCCAUGUAAUCUUUCCUGAUUCAAGUCGAAAUUUCAGUACAUCAUCGGGAAGCACAUUUGUACCAUUUCCAAAUGGAUCAAAAGCAAAAUCGGUCCUUCGAUUGGAAAAUCGUGGUAAUCUUAGACCGACAGGUUCAAUGAAUUUACAUACAAGUUAUCGAGAUACUUACAUACCGCAUGAGUUAACACCACGAAGUGCUCCAUUCGAUCGAAAAGGUCAGCUAUCCGAAGAAAGUGCUCUUUUACUUCGUCCCAUGGAUGCAAUAUCACAAACAAGUUCGGAUUUUCGUGCUUAUCCUAAUCAUCGACCACCAUUGCCGGCCGACGUUGAUCCAUUUUCGUCUCAAAUUACAAUAGGCAAUUCUUCUAAAUCCGAAGUCACUAAAAGUCAAUACCAAUCAGAUUAUGAAGGUAUUGAUACGAGUCGACAUCAUCGUCCCCCACCAGUAGCACCAAAAGAUCGACAAAGAUUGUAUGUACCAACUAUUCAAAAGAUGGAUACAAUGACAGUUACACAAAGAGAUUUUCAACCGCUAGAUGUUAGUACUUUACCACGUAUUCGAGCACUACCUAUCAAAGAUGCGCUUCCAUUGAAUGGGGAACAUAUACCUAUGGAGAGUAUGACCACAUCUCGACACUUCUAUCAACCAUAUGAACCAUUAAAAAUAAAUCGACAAUAUGGUGAACCCGUCCCCAAUAUUUAUGUACCGCCACUGAGCAAAUUCGAAGGUUCAACAACAACAGGUGAUACGUAUAGAGGACAACGAGGUCAACGGGCACAUCCGUACAUACCUGAUGUGAGAAUGUUGAGCCAAAUGGGAACGCAAGAUCAUAAUACAAGCUACCGUGUGGACUAUCAUCCACAUGGUUUAACAUUAUGUGCUGCUCGAGCCUAUGCCAUUGCUCAAAAGAAUCAAACAAAUGCAGCACCUAUUUCCGCUCAAUAA